AUGACCCCGGCGACGCAAUCAGCGGGUGCUGCUCCCGGAGGGUUGGGCGAGCCUCAGGUCGACUUCAACGAUGUCUUUUCGCUCAGGAGGCCCCGGGACGCACGAGCAGGCUUGGCAAGCGGUUUGAAGAGCAUUGCCAAGGGUGUUCUCGGUGGAGCUGCUGGGCUCGUUGCAGCUCCCAUCGUGGGUGCACGAAGCGAAGGUCUCGCCGGUUUCGCGAAGGGCCUCACACAAGGUGUCAUCGGGGCCGUCGUAUUGCCGGUCACAGGCGUGGGUGUGGGCACGGUUCAAUUCGUACGGGGCGUCAUCAACACACCGGAAGCCGUGGUGCAGGCCCAGAACGGAAAACUAUGGGACGAGGUUCCCCAUGACGCCUCCAGCGACCAGAUCAAGAAGCAGUACUACAUGUUGGCGCGGAAGUACCACCCCGACAAGAACCCGGGGGAUGCAGGGGCACAUGAGCGCUUCCAAAAACUGGGGGAGGCAUACCAGGUUCUUGGCAAUGACGAGUUCCGCAAGCGUUACGACGCGCACGGCACCGAGGGCUUGGAUGUAAACUUCAUGGACGGCGGGUCGUUCUUCAACAUGCUGUUCGGGUCGGACCAAUUCGAGCACCUGGUCGGGGAGCUGUUCAUAGCCAUGGCGGCGAGGAACGCCGGCGAGCUGGGCAGUGCGGAGAUGGCUCGGGAGCAGGGCAUCCGGGUGCAGAAGCUGUGUGUCAACCUGAAGGCCAUGCUCAAGCGGUACGAGGAGGGAGAGGAGGCGUUUGUGGCAGCCAUGCGGGAGGAGGCUGCCCGGCUGGUGAGGGCCUCGUUCGGGGAGACCAUGUUGCGCACCAUCGGCAAGGUGUACGACACACAGGCGGACAUCAACGCCGGGGGAUUCUUCAGCGGCAUGGCGGCCAAAUUCCGGUCGCAUGGGGAAAACAUGAGGUCACAAUUCCAAGCGGCCAGCGCCGCCAUCAAGGUGUACCAGGCUCAGCAGAAGAUCGAGGCCUGGCAGAAGCAACAAGAUCGGAAAGCCGCUGCCGCGUCAGCAGCAACCGCAGCAACUGCAGCAACAGCAGCAGCUGUGGACAGUGCCGCGGCCGCCGCCGCGGCUCCGGUUGCUUCGAGCACGGAGGCAGUCGGCGCAACUGGGCCUCCCACCACCUCUGCCCAGUCGACCGCUAAUGGCAGCGCCGCGGACGCCGCGACCGCGGACGGCCCCACGGCGGGUGCAACUGCCGACGGCACCUCCCCCACCACCGGCGGCUCCAGCACAGCAGCUACAGCUCCUCCUGCUGCUGGGCCUACCAUGGAGCAGCUGAUGGAGCGGCAGAAGCUGGAGGAGGCUGCGUUGCCGCUGAUGCUGGAGGCGAUGUGGGCCGCGAAUGUGCUGGACAUUCAAAACACGCUGAAAAAGGUUUGCCAGUUCGUGUUGACGGAGGAGGGUGUUCAGAAGCAGGAGCUGCAGCAGCGGGCGAAUGCGCUCAAGGUCCUAGGCGGUAUUUUCAUGGAGGCCAAGGCGCCCGAGGCCGCGAUUCAGACAGACGCGCGGAAGCAGAUGGAGGAGGCGAUGUUGAGGGUGGUGGAGAAGCGGGCGGCGCAGGAGGGAGGUGCGGCAGCGCAGGAGGCGGGGGCGGACCAAUGA